GAGCUAAAGCACAUUUGACUGAAAGACAGCUCUUUGCUUUCUUCUGCUGCUUCUUCCCCUUCCUCUUUUCCCAAAGAGACAUGUAAACACAUGUAUUUUCCUGUUUAAAUUUAGCGAAUUGGUCCUCUGCCUGUGCCUUGAUUUAGCUAUUGGGCUGAGCCUUGCUCCUCCCUUCCCUACUCGGAUAGGAGCCACAGGGAUCUGGAGCUCGAGCUUCCAAAUUGAGCUGGCCUCAGGCCAGGUGACCUUUUCUUUGCACUGAGUCGGAACAGGCUUCUCUCAGCCAGGCAUCUCGCUCGUCCAGUGGGAUCGCCAGCGCGUCCGGCAGCACCAUGUGGGGGACCAAACUUCUGCCAGUCCUGCUGCUGCAGCAUGUCCUCCUACAUCUGCUUCUGCUUCCCAUCGCCAUCCCCUACGCAGAAGGACAGAAGAAAAGAAGAAACACACUUCAUGAAUUCAAAAAGUCAGCAAAGACUACUCUAAUUAAAGAAGACCCAUUACUGAAGAUAAAAACAAAAAAAAUGAACACUGCAGACCAAUGUGCCAAUAGAUGUAUUAGGAAUAAAGGACUUCCAUUCACUUGCAAGCUUGUUAUAUGGACUAGAAUCAUUGAAAGACAAUGGCAAAUAUACAAAAAUGCCUGGAAAAUACCAGCAAUGCUAUGUGAAAGCAUAUGUGAUUCAGUGGGUACAGGGUGGAACAUUCUCAAACAUGAUCUCCUCCUGAGAAGGGCCUUUGUUUUUGAUAAAGCAAGGAAAAGAUGCCUCUGGUUCCCUUUCAAUAGCAUGACAAGUGGCGUGAAAAAAGACUUUGGUCAUGAAUUCGACCUCUAUGAAAACAAAGACUACAUUAGAAAUUGCAUCAUUGGUAAAGGAGGUAGCUACAAGGGAACGGUAUCUAUCACUAAGAGUGGCAUCAAAUGCCAGCCCUGGAAUUCCAUGAUCCCACAUGAACACAGCUUUUUGCCUUCGAGCUAUCGGGGUAAAGACCUACAGGAAAACUACUGUCGAAAUCCUCGAGGGGAAGAAGGGGGACCUUGGUGUUUCACAAGCAAUCCAGAGGUACGCUACGAAGUCUGUGACAUUCCUCAGUGUUCAGAAGUUGAAUGCAUGACCUGCAAUGGGGAAAGUUAUCGAGGUCCCAUGGAUCAUACAGAAUCAGGCAAGAUUUGUCAGCGCUGGGAUCAUCAGACACCACACCGGCACAAAUUCUUGCCAGAAAGAUAUCCCGACAAGGGCUUUGAUGAUAAUUAUUGCCGCAAUCCUGAUGGCAAACCGAGGCCAUGGUGCUAUACUCUUGACCCUGACACCCCCUGGGAGUACUGUGCAAUUAAAAUGUGUGCUCACAGUACUAUGAAUAACACAGAUGUCCCUAUGGAAACAACUGAAUGCAUUCAUGGUCAAGGAGAAGGUUACCGGGGCACCAUCAAUACUAUUUGGAAUGGAAUUCCAUGUCAGCGUUGGGAUUCCCAGUAUCCUCACCAGCAUGACAUAACUCCUGAAAAUUUCAAGUGCAAGGACCUAAGAGAAAAUUAUUGCCGAAAUCCAGAUGGGGCUGAGUCACCCUGGUGUUUUACCACUGAUCCAAACAUCCGAGUUGGCUACUGCUCCCAAAUUCCAAAGUGUGAUGUAUCAAGUGGACAAGAUUGUUAUCGUGGGAAUGGCAAAAAUUAUAUGGGCAAUUUAUCCAAAACCCGAUCUGGACUAACAUGUUCAAUGUGGGAGAAGAACAUGGAAGACUUACACAGGCAUAUCUUCUGGGAACCAGAUGCUAGUAAGCUGAAUAAGAAUUACUGCCGGAAUCCUGAUGAUGAUGCCCAUGGACCCUGGUGUUACACAGGAAAUCCUUUCAUUCCAUGGGAUUAUUGUCCUAUUUCUCGUUGUGAAGGUGAUACCACACCUACAAUAGUCAAUUUAGACCAUCCUGUAAUAUCUUGUGCCAAAACGAAACAAUUAAGAGUUGUAAAUGGAAUUCCAACGCGAACUAACGUAGGAUGGAUGGUUAGUUUGAAAUACAGAAAUAAACAUAUCUGUGGAGGAUCAUUGAUAAAGGAAAGUUGGAUUCUUACCGCAAGACAAUGUUUCCCUUCUCGAAACAAAGACUUGAAAGAUUAUGAAGCUUGGCUUGGGAUUCAUGAUGUCCACGGAAAAGGAGAUGAGAAACGCAAACAAGUUCUAAAUGUUUCCCAGCUGGUAUAUGGACCUGAAGGAUCAGAUCUGGUAUUACUGAAGCUUGCUAGGCCCGCUGUCCUGGAUGAUUUUGUUAGUACAAUUGAUUUACCUAAUUAUGGAUGCACCAUUCCUGAAAAAACCACUUGCAGUGUUUAUGGCUGGGGUUAUACUGGAUCCAUCAACUCUGAUGGUCUAUUACGAGUAGCACAUCUCUAUAUUAUGGGAAAUGAGAAAUGCAGCCAAUACCAUCAAGGGAAGGUGACUCUGAAUGAGUCUGAAAUAUGUGCUGGAGCUGAAAAUAUUGUAUCAGGACCAUGUGAGGGAGAUUAUGGUGGCCCACUUGUUUGUGAACAACAUAAAAUGAGAAUGGUUCUUGGUGUCAUUGUUCCUGGUCGUGGAUGUGCCAUACCAAAUCGUCCUGGCAUUUUUGUCCGAGUAGCAUAUUAUGCAAAAUGGAUACACAAAAUUAUAUUAACGUAUAAGAUACCACAGUCAUAGCUGAUAUAACCACGUCCGAAGCUUCCAUCAACACAAUUCUCUUUUACAUGAAGAUUUCCAAGAACAUGGACUUAAAAUGUCACUUAAAACAAUCCUAAGACAACUACUUGAGUGAUAAGUUUGUUAAGAUACUCAUUAAUAUUUAUGGGUGUUUUCUGUUGUUUUGUUUGUCAGUGUUAUUUUGUAAAUGUUGAAGUGAACUAAGGUACAUGCAAGUGUAGUAACAUAUCUCCUGAAGAUACUUGAAUGGAUUAAAAACUGCAAAGGUAUAAUUGCUGGAUGAUAAAAGAUUUAAUGGAAAAGUUCAAUUAAUCUCUCUACGCUGCUUUCCAGGUUAGUUUAUGAAUAAACUAUACAUUAAACAUUAUUUUAACCUCACAAAGACAAUUUAUACCUUUGUGCUUAAGUUGUAACUCUAUAUUAAAUUAUAUUACCUUUCAUACGCCAUACAUUAUAUGUCAUUCAUUUCUCCUCAUUGUGUAUCCUCUAAUACUGGUCCACAUACUUUCUACAAAAUCAUGUGCCCAUCUAUGCAGACCUGGGUAUACAUGUGCAUACACUAGAGUUCAAAUUAUGGUAUAUCUAAUGUAACUUCUAAAUAUUCUAAAGCGUGUACCUGUAGUUUUUCCUUAAGAGAAAAACAGAAAUUUCUAAAGACCAGUAGAAAUUUUAAGGAAAGGUGCAAGAUAGAAUUGACCAGCUCAUUCUCUCUCUAUAAUCUGCAGAUGACCUCUACUGGCUGACAUUUAAGGUGUGGUCAUGACCCACAAAGUUAAGUAACACCUAAUCUAAGUGUUUAAAUAUAUUUAUUAUCCUAGUCAUUGUGUAGUUUCUAAUUCUUAAAGGGAAGAGGGUAAUAUGUGUAUUAGUAUUAUUCUUUCCUUCAAAUUUAGGGACCCUUAUUUAUGCAAGAUAUUUUUAGAUCUACUUUCCUAAAGUAUUUUCUUUAUUAUUCUUAGGUAAUUGUCUAAUUGAAGCUUAAAAAAGUAUUUAAGUAGGUUAAUUCUAAGACUUGCUGCUGUGACUGGCUUGUAGCUCACCUUCUUUAAAUUUUUAAAAAUUAUUUCAGAAGAAAAUUUCCAUAUGUCUCCAAAGAUUUGUAAAUAGACUUUCAUCAAACUAUGAAUUAAAGUAUAUAUUGAAGAAAAAAAAAUCAGGAUGCCUUUCUAACCUGAAAGUUUUUUAGCCUAAUGAAACUUUACUCAAGUAAAGGGAAAAAAAAUAGGAAAGGAAAGGAAAGGAACUAGCUUGUCUAACCUCUGAAUUCAAUUAUUUUUUAAAGGGGCGUUAAAUCUCCAAAAUGAAAUAUUUUAUGAAAAUUUCAUUUUAUAUUAUUUCAUUUUACAUAAAUCUUUUGAAUGCUAUGGGGAAUAUUCAUUCAAAUUUUGUAUUCUGUUUCAUAAUACCAAAUCAUCAUAUUUAUUAUUGUAUUUGGCAUGAUUAACUAAAAAUCCUGUAUUUGUCAAGAAAUGAGACAACAAGGUCUAAUAGGAUAGGAUGUGAAUUUUCACAAAAUCAUCCUGUACAAAUUUAAAAAUAAUUAUUUGUGUGAUUCCAAUCCAGUAUCCCCAUUUCUCUAAUUUGUUUCUCUUGAAUGAUAUCAAUUAAGGCCAGAGAUCCAAACAAUGCACUCAAAGCUUCACAGGACGCUGUUCAAUCUCGAGUAAAAUGCUUUUUAAAUUUACUUGAAAGCUUAGUCCACAGAGUACAAGAGAGCAAAUCCAGAAAUACCUAUACAAAUCCAAAAAUAUCUAUCCAAAUUGUGCCAUACAAAUUGAACAUAUUGUAAUAAGAUAUGUUCUGGUAUCAAGAAACAGUGAAAGCAAAGAGAGAUCUGAAAAGUUGUCAGUCCACAUCAUCUUCUUUAAUUGUAUUUUUCUUUCCUUAUGUGAUAUAUCAUUUUAAUCAAAACAUUAGGAAUUUCAAAGGCAUAUUGUCCCAAAAUUAAGUAUUUUUCAGUUUUUUCUGGAUGAACUGGCAAAAUUUGAUUAAAUCACAUAUUAAUGAUAUUUGUAGAACAUUUAUGAAAUUCUAAUACAACUAAAUACUCACAUUUUAAGAUAUUUCUUUUUCUUGUCUUUCCCUCUAAAUUUCCAUGGAAAGAGAGCGAGGGAUUACCUAGACGAUGCAGCUAACUUUUUAGAUAUUUUGAACUCAAUGUUUUCCAUUUUAUUAAAGGGUAAAAACAUACCACCAAUAAAACAUCAGACAUGGUGCACUAAGCAGUCUAGCUUUGGGAAGUUCUCUUUGUAAUAGGGGAGAUCAGUAGAAUUGACAAUGAAAGCAAGAUGAACAAGAUCCAUGUGAUCUUAGGUGGUGGGACAAUCAAUAAUCAUGUCAUUUUUCUCUGGCAAAAGAUACUAUUUCCUGGGCAUUCUUUUCUUAGUAAGUGACAAAAAUGAAAAAUCCAACAUAUCCAAAAUCCAUUGUAUUUUGAGUAAUGGACAAAAAGAUCUUUUAAAUUAGAAGUUUUCAAUGUUAUUUUUGUUUGGGUUGUUUGAAUAAUGGUUAUGUGCUGUUGUAAUUGUGGACAUUUUUUUAUGUCUGCCAGGAAUAGUAAUGUAAAAUUCAAAUAUUUGUCAUAAUGCCUCUGCCGUGCAGAAGGGAUGAUAAUCCUUUUGUAUACUUCUUUAAUUUUAUUGUAAAAUAUGUAAUGAGUUUUACCUUUUUGCUGUGGGCAGGUCCUCAGUAAAAUGAUUUAUAUUGAGUCAAUCUCUAAUAUUAACAGGCUCUUGCUUGCUAUCUAAGUGUUUCAGACUAUGGGAAACCUGAGACACUGGAAGGCAAGAAAAAUAAGAAUAAUGGCAUGUGAUAGCAAAAAUUGUAUUUCACUUAUUCCUGUGAAUAUUUCCUGUUGGUACCAAUGGUACUAUACAAAGUGAAUGUUAUAGCCACAACAUUCUCUUGGGGGAAAAAAAAAGCACUGUCAAGAAGUGAGAAAUUGUUGUCAUUUUGUUGUUGUUUCUAAAUAUUUUCUCCCUUUUUUAAAAGAAAAACUAGCUUUGCAAUAUAGAAAUCAUGAGGUAAAGAAUUUUAAUAAACUCUCAUACUAAAAAACUUUAAAUUGAUUUACUGUUUCCAAAUAUAACUUUUAAUUAUAUCCUGUAUUUAUAGACAAACUCAUUUGAACGAUAAAGUUAACUUGAAUAAAAAGACAUAGUCUAUGUGUAAAUACUUUUCGCAAUAAAGUUCAAAAAGAAGUUACCUUCCGGGGCGCCUGGGUGGCACAGCGGUUAAGCCUCUGCCUUCAGCUCAGGGCGUGAUCCCGGCGUUAUGGGAUCGAGCCCCACAUCAGGCUCUUCUGCUAUGAGCCUGCUUCUUCCUCUCCCACUCCCCCUGCUUGUGUUCCCUCUCUCGCUGGCUGUCUCUCUCUCUGUCGAAUAAAUAAAAAAAAAAAAAUCUUAAAAAAAAAAAAUAAAGUUACCUUCCAAUGUUCAACUGAGUUUUGUACUAAGAAUUUACUAAUUAAAAAAAAAGUUAAAAUUUUCCGGUCCCCAAAAUCUUGACAGUGUAAUUUUAAGUAGGUUCAUUUCCAUUUGCACAGAAAGUUUCUGUCUUUAGGAAACUGAAAAUGGAAUACUGUGGAUGUUAUGACUGUUUGUCUUGGUGUAAAUAGGAAAUUGAUAAGUUGCCUAUUGGGUGGUAUAGCUGGAUGCUUACCCAAAAAGGGAGCACUGUGGUUAUGACAUGUAUAUAAAGUUCCUGUAGUUAAUAAAGUUGCUAUUUUUAUAA